AUGGUUGAAAGAACUUGCGAAUCGAUAUCGGUGAACAUUCCAUGGAAGUCUUUGUUUGCUGUCUUCGUAUCCCUCAUUGAAGUGUAUAACAACAGUAUAUACGAUCUACUUCAAGAUGUUUCAGACUUACCAGGAAGGAAUUUAACAACUCGGAUAUUGCGGGAAGAUUCCCAAAGAAAUGUGUAUGUUUAUGGAGGGGUUGAAGUAGAAGUUAAGUCGGCCGACGAGGCUCUUGAUGUAUUAUGUGCAGGUCAAAAACGCCGCCGAAUAGGACAAACGGCAUUGAAUGUUGAGUCCAGUCGAAGCCAUUGUGUUUUUACAAUUCGACUGGUGAGGACGGGUUAUGAUACCAAGUAUGACGAAGCUGUCCAAGAUAAGGAGUCCGUCGUCAUCAGUCAUUUAUGCCUUGUGGACCUCGCUGGUUCCGAACGUACAAGCCGUAGUGGGACGCAGGGGAAUCGCUUGAAGGAAGCAUCCAACAUUAACAAUUCUCUCAUGAAUCUUCGGAAGUGCAUCAAAGCCUUGCGUGAUAUUCAAACUUAUGGAAGUAAAAGUCGGGGAACCACAACUACUCCUGUUGGACACACACGUGUUGUUCCCUACCGUGAUGCUCGGUUAACAUAUCUUUUUAAGAACUUCUUUGAGGGCGAUGGUCGCGUUGCAAUGCUUGUUUGUAUUCAGCAAGCACCAGAAGAAUACGAGGAAACCAUGCACGUCCUUAAAUUUGCUGAGACAAGUCAGGAAUUAACAACUUACCGCAAUAUUGUCCAACCAACCCCUUUCCGUGCACCCUACAACCAGAUCCGUCCACGACUACAAACUCCCUUGCGUGUUUCUGACGAUUCUUCAAGUACAACAGAAAAUUCUGUCAUAACUGUUAAUAUUGAUGAUCAAGCUACUCAAAUUUUUGCUGAUCUGGAUUUCUUGGAUCGUGAAGUCACUUCUUGUUUAAACAAAAUGUCUAACGGCGAUAGUUUCAUCGGUUUAAAUCUGGAUUUCGAUAUAACAGACUUUAAUGACUCUGACAUACGCGCCGGUCUUGGUUUACAGGACCAAAAUUCAGAUUUGUCUCCCUAUGAAAGUGAACAAGACUCAGCACCUGAACAAGACAGGUUACCAAGGCCAUUCCUCGAUUUAAAAAUAAUUGACACAAAUCCUUUACGAGCUUUAAUCAAUCGUCGAUUAGAACGUAAGAAGCAGGCUUAUGAUUCUUUGCAAACAUUAUUUCCUAGUCUCCAGGCUCUAUUCAUUGAAUUAUUGAAUAAUGAAAAGAAUAUCAAUCCAGAAGUUGUCACAGCAAAUCAACCGAAACCCGGAAGGAAUUUAGUCAGUACAUUAUCCAAACAGUGGGAAUCAAGACUAGCUCAACAACAAGCUGAAGCGAAGAUACUAUCACGUCCUAACAAUAAUAAUACCAAAAGAAUUGACGACAGGGUCGCAUUGACUCCUGGUAAACUAAAUGAAAGACGUGCUGCUCCAGCGUUUAAUCCUCGUCACCGUCGGUCUCGAUCAGUCGGUGGGGAUAAUGCACGUUGGUUAGAGCAUCAAGAAGCUAAUAAUACACCUUUAGGCACAAUAUUUACACCAAAUUUGAAACAUCGGAAAUCUGUUACACGUGUUGAACUAAAAGAUACUUUGAAUGCGGAUAACUAUCUUUUACAUCAUCAAGAGGCAGAUUCAGAUGGUAACGUUGAAACAAGUCUUUUUAAAGGUGCCAUUAUUCCUACUGCUGGUGGUGGUUCGGCUGUUGUUUUUAAUGAUGUAGAAGUUUUACGUCAAUCUUCUCCAGGCCGCGAACAAAGGAAAAGUAGUCGCCCCAGAGGCGCUGAUGCUCAUUUGAAACAAGUUAUAAGCGAAACUUCUCGUCGAUCAGGGAUAAAACGUCGCUAUUCUAAUUCACCGACAAGAAGACCUUCUAAUGAAUCUGUAUCAACACAUAGUUCUCAAAGCACAAUGGCAUCUGACUAUUGUCCUAUGAGUCCAUCUAUAGAAAAAAUCUCAACAGCUUAUAAUGAUGCUAAAUGUUAUAUCGGCAUCGACUGUAAUGGAGGAAUGGGCUUACGAAAAAGGUCCAGAUUGUAAAAAAGAACGUCGGAAGUAAAACUGAUUACUUUUUUGCUUGUCUAUUUAAUAUUAUAUAGAAAAACUACUAACUUAUCCAAAUUCACGUGCAUAUUUUUUGUUUUUAACCGUUAAAACUAUUUAUAUUUUAUUAGUCUUUUGUCAUUGCUUAUUUUUGACGUACUGUAACACUUACAUCAGAUUCCCUUAUAA